GAUAACAGUAGCGAUAAUGGUAUAACAUCUAUAAUAGUUUUUGCAACUUACACACAGUGGCCAAUGCCCAAUUUCCGAAAGAAAAAAAAAAUUAAUAAUAAUAAAAUGGAAUAUGUUAUUCUAUAUUAAUUAUAAUAAUAUGUUAUUAUCGUAGUUGUAUAACACAUUUAGAAUUUUUUUUUUUUCUCAAGUUUACGCGUUUGUCAUUUAUAGUUAUUCUUUUUAUUAAACAGUGGCUUGUUAUUGUAUUAUUUUUUUUUUACCAACGUUUUUACCUUCAUAACAAUAUUUUAUUGUAAAGGCUUACGGAAUACAAAGUAGGUGCACCGCAUUAUUAUUCAAUAUUAUUUUAGAGUAUUAUUUUUGUAAAUUUACAAUAUGUAUUUGAUAUAUUUUUUUAAAUUAUUACUAUUACGGCGUUAAUUUAUAAUCAUUCAAUAUAAUAUCGUGGCGCCCCAACAAUCUGUUUGGAAUACAUUACUUAUUCAAUUUUAGCAAACAAAAUAUGUUAGUAGGUAGGCAUAUUAUAUAUUUUGAUAACCGUAAUACUAUUCAUUCAUUUUUGACAUUAGCAAAAUUGUUUCAACAUUUUUUGAGAUGACAAUUUGUGUUGCUAUUAAUUUAUGUUCAUAUGAUUAUAAUAUAAUAUUUAUUCACACGGUGUCACUAUUUUAGUAUGACACAAAUGGAAGACCAAGAAAAGCAAUUGGAAAUCGCAUUAGCGUCCGUUCAAAAACAAGGGGUACACAUGAAAAUGUGUUUGGACAAAAAUAAAUUGAUGGAAGCCCUGAAACACGCAUCUGCCAUGCUAGCCGAAUUACGCACUUCUCUAUUAUCGCCAAAGAGUUACUAUGAACUGUGUACUGUGAAAGAUUUACUUAUUUUUAAUAAUAUUAUACAAUAUUCUUAUUAAUAACUUUUAAUAUUAUAUACUUACAGUUAUGAAAGUAACAAACGAGUUGUGUUAUUUGGACUUGUAUUUAGUGGAAGAGUUUGAACGUGGUCGCAAAGUUGAUGAUUUAUAUCAAAUCAUACAGUAUGCCGGAAACAUUGUACCCAGACUGUGAAUAUUUCAAAUUAUCAUUAUAUUUUGUUCAACAUCUAAUUAUUAAAUUUAUUUACUCUAGUUAUUUGUUGAUUACGGUUGGAUUAGUUUACAUUAAAACAAACACAAACUUAAAACGAGACCUCCUGAAAGAUCUAGUGGAAAUGUGUCGUGGGGUUCAGCAUCCCCUGCGCGGUCUAUUUCUACGACAUUAUUUAUUACAGUGUUCUAAAAAUGUAUUACCUGAUAUACCAGAUAAUGAAGAAAAUGAACAUCCUGAAGGCACUGUUAGUGAACAUUCAAAUAAUAUAUUAUUUAUUGAACUCAGCUAAUAGUUGACUUAUAUUAUUUAAGAUUUUUAUUACACGUUUCUAUUUAUAUUUUUAGGUCCGUGAUUCUAUUGAUUUUAUAUUGAUGAAUUUCGCUGAAAUGAAUAAACUGUGGGUGAGAAUGCAACAUCAAGGGCAUUCUAGAGAAAAAGAACGCCGAGAAAAAGAACGUGAAGAAUUAAAAAUUCUGGUUGGAACUAAUUUGGUCAGGUUGUCACAUUUAGAUAGUAUUACAUUGGAUAAAUACCGCAAAGUAAGAUAUUUUGAGUUAUUAAAUCCUUCAUAUUAUAAAUAUAACUUUCAUAUUUUCUUUAGUGAAUACAUGCAAAAUCUAAAAACUUUGUUUAAUUUAUUUAAUUUUAUGUGUUCAGGUAGUUUUGCCUGGUAUUCUGGAACAAAUUGUUAGUUGUCGAGAUGCCAUUGCACAAGAAUAUCUGAUGGAAUGUAUAAUUCAGGUAUUAAAAUUUAGCUUUAAUAUGCAUGUUUAAAAUUGUGUAUGUAUACAUUUUUUUUUUUUUAUUAAUUUUUGAUAUUCAAACACUAAUUUAAUUAAAACUAAAAUUACACAGCAGCCAACAUAUGAGGUGGGAUGGGGAAUUUUAAAUUUCAAAUUUAAUCUGUUUUAAAAUGUUCAUUAAAAAAUUGAUCUACAGCAAUUAUUAAAAAAUUCAAACAUGAUAUAUUUAUUUAUUGGAGGGUGUCUACACCCUCCAAUAAAAUUUUGUCAGUAUUUGCAUUUAAACUAACACAUGCCAGUGAUAUUCAAAUUUUUAUAUGUAAAAUGAACAAAUUCAGUCUAAUCAUUAUUAAACUAAUUAUUAUAAAAAUUGAUUAUGUUAUUAUAUAAUAAUGUAAUAAUAGAUAAUAAUAGUAUUAUCAAUUACAUAAUCAACAGUAUCAGUACUAUUUAUGUUGUAAGUUUUAUUACAUAAAAAUAUUUAAAAUCAUUAUUUAUGUCGGUAUGCAUACAAAUUUAAUUUAAUUAUCAAAAAUAUACCACAUCCUCAUUUAUUGUCUCUAACUAACAUAACAAUAUAACAAAAUUAAGUUACUUAGAACGUAAAUUGUGAUUAAAAUUGGAGUUUAAAUACAAAUACCAAAAUUUAAAGAUGAGAAUACUUUUGAGGCUGUUGCUUUUUUUCUAAAUAAAUGUCAUACACAUAAAAAAAAAUGACAGCUAAUUAAAAAAAAUAAUAAUCUAUGUACAUAAAAUAAAAAACAUGUUUGGAUGUCCGUUAUAGACUCGGAAUCUACUGAACCAAUUCAAAUGCGGUUUUCACUAAUAUUAUCAGCAAUUUUUGAGGAAGAUUUGUAGCUAAAUUUUAUUUCAAAAUUACACCCCUAAAGGGUGGGUGACAUAGAAAUAUUGGUAUUUUAGGUAUGAAAAUCUAAUUAUUCAUUUUGAUUUAUUGGUUACCUUGGUGAUACAAAUAAAAUAAAUAAUAAUAAUACAUUUUUCCCCGAUAUUGAAAACAAUUUAAAAAAACAUGAUUGGUUUUGCGAACAAAUUUUGGCUCUGAUGAAUGAUGAUGUCCACAAAAUAAACCAUUAAAUUCAAUUGAAGCUACCGGGUGAAGUUGUCAAGUACAAAUCGAUUGACACAGUUAUAGAUGAGAGUCAAGCUGUCAACUAUCCAAUAGAGUUUAUUAUAUCUUUGGAACCAUCUGGAAUGCUACCACACAUCUUAACUUUAAAAUUUGGUUCACUGUUGAUGUUCAUUUGCAACUUAGAUUCCCCAAAAUUGUGCAACAGAACAAGAUUUGUUGUUAAAAUACUUUUUUUUUUUUUUAAAUGCCCUGGGGCUUUAUUAUUUAAACGACCUGAUGGUCUUUAUAAAUAUGUUUAACAGGAUAUAUCUUACAUACUAGAUGAUAAUAUAUAUACAUUACACAUUGAUGAAGUCACACUUCCAAUGAAGUGGCUCCUGUACUUAAUUUAAACACUUAAACUAAGUCGUAUGGUUUCAGACGUUUAAGGCGUCUAAUGUCUUUGGACUUGUCUAACAGUUCGAUGGCUAUUGGGUUGAUAUGGUUCUCUAUCUCUUCUCGUGUUUACGAGCAAACUUUUGGAUUUCUUCUGCUAUUGUAGGCAGCAUCAUAUUGCGGUGAAUGGCAUCGUUUCUUUCAAACCGGUAGGCUGCAGUCUACUGGUUAAAAUACUGUCACUAAAUUUAAUUGAGGUCACAAUUAUUAGUGGUAAAUGUAUAGGAGAAAUGCUGAUGCCAUAAAUUCCAAUAAUUUCAACCGAUUUGCCAUUUUAUUUCAAGCGAUUACAGUUUCCAGUAUGUGUGGCUUUUGCUAUAACUAUCAACAAGGCUCAAGGCCAAUCGCUAAGUGUUGCUGGUUUGAACUUAUAAAAUUCCUGUUUUUUGCAUACUCUUUUACAUAAUGUUAACUUUUAAUGGAGUUUCAUAGGAGGUAAAUCCACUGGCAUUGAAUUUGUCACGGGCAACGCUGUGCAGGAUCAGCUAGUAAUAAAAAUAAUAAGAGUUAUAACUUUUUUUGUUAUUAAUCCUUAAAUUAGUUUGUUGCAGCUGUUCAUGCUUCUCUAUUGUAACUUAAUUCUUUCAGGUUUUUGUAGCUUCUUUUGUUCAUAUCCUUCAUUAUUUGGGUCAUAUAUUUUGUCCUCAGUCUUCCUCUUCUAAUGUGUCCUUCUACAUCUCUUUCAAUUAUUGUCUUUAGUUGGCUUUCAUGUCUUAACAUGUGCCCUAUCAUCUUUUCUCUGAAGCAUUACAUUUCAAAGGCUUCCAGCCUAUUUUUUCCAUUAUAUUUCACAACUUUUUUGUAUGACAAUUUAAAAAAAAAAAGCUUCUACCAGUCAUGGUUAAGCAGUAUCACAAAUGUAUCAUGUAUAAAAUAUAUAUUGUAUCUUGUAUCAAAAUACUUUUUAUUACAGUAUCAAGUAUCUUUUUGCGUUAAAAACCACACGAUUUAUGUUUUAGUUUUUUAAAAAAGUAAUCAAGAAUUGGUCAGAAUAAUAUUUAAUAAACAUCUAAAUAUAUGUUAUUUAUAUUGAUUAAUGAUAUUUAUUACCAAACAAUUUAAUUUAUUAUAUUAAUUAUAAUAUGUACUAAUUCUAAAAAUUAUAAUUAUUUAAUUUAUUUUAAAUUAAAAUGAUUCUUAUAAGUUAUAACAAGAUAUCCACCAAAUUGAUGUAUUAUGGUAAUGUAAGAGUUAAAAAUACCUUACAUUCUUUAUAUAUCUUUAAUACUUGUACCAUGUAUUUUGUAUCUUUUCAAGUUUUGUUAGAUAUCUUGUAUAUUGCAUCAAAAUACAAUUUUUUUUUUAGUAUCUGGUCCAACCCUGCUUACAGUUCUUGGAAUUUUAUUUCUUUUUAAAUUUUGUUAUUUUGUGUAAACACCACAGUUUAUGUUUUAAUGUAACAUAAUUUUGCUAUGUUGCCCAUUACUUAGGCCAAGAUAGUAGAUCUAGAUUGUAAGUGUGACAUCCAAUUAACAUAACAUGUUAAGUACUUAUUAAUAUUUUUAAUUUAAUUGUUUUAAAUUUUACAGGUGUUUCCAGAUGAAUUUCAUCUUUAUACACUAAAUAUCUUUUUAAAGUCCUGUUGUGAAUUGCAACCAUCUGUAAACGUAAAGACUAUUGUUAUCUUAAUGAUAAAUCGAUUAACAGUAUUUACUUUCCAAAAUUCUAAUGCAUCUGAAGUGAAAUUAUUUGAAGUACUCACUGAACAAAUAGCUAAUAUUAUUCAGGUAAUACAUUUAUUAAUAUGACCAAAGGUUGUUAUCUUUAUAUAUCUUAUAACAUAUUUAAUUAUUCUAUUAUAUUUCCUAUUAUUACAAUAUUUAUUUAUUUAUUUGUUUAUAGAGUCGUGAUUUACCACUUGAAGAUACUGUGUCCCUCCAAGCUGCUAUGGUUGGUUUAGCUCUUAAAUGUUAUCCUGAAAAUAUUGAUUAUGUUGAUAAAUCUCUUCAGACCAUUUCUGAUACAUUUUCUAGACGUAAAAUUGAAAAGUAUGUUUAGAAAAAUGAAAUAAUCUACAAAAUAAAUUACUAUAUAAUCUUUUUCCUUUAGAAUCAAUCAUAAAAAUCCUGUAUCGAGAGAGUUAAUGGCUUUAAUGAAAUUGCCUAUUGACAAUUACAAUGAUCUUCUUUUAGUGAUGAAACUUAAACAUUUCCCUGAGAUCAUCGAAUAUUUUGAUUACACUGGUCGUAAAACUAUUGCUAUUUAUUUAUUACAAAAUGCUGUUCAAUACAGAACAAGAAUUCCAUCAGUUGAACAGGUAUAAUAUAUUUCGGAAUCGCAAACAUUUUUGAAAUUUUUUAUACAUUAUAAAUGUUAUCAAAACAAUUGUGGUAAUUUUAUUUAUAAAAAAAAAAACUUAUAGGCAGAAACUGUCCUUACUAUGGUGUCUCCGUUGGUUAAAGAUCAACAAGACCAACCAUUUGGUGAGGAAGAUCCUGAAGAUUUUGCUGAAGAACAAAGUCUUCUUGGAAGGUUGGAAUUGCAUUUGUUUUAGGCUAAUUAAUAAAUACAGAAUUAUUUGUUACAUGCAUAUAUAUUUUUUUUUUCUCUAGAUUUGUCCAUCAUAUGAAAGCAGAAGAACCUGAUUUACAAUUUAAAAUUUUAAUGGCAGAGAGAGAACAUUUUAGUUUGGGAGGAAACAAACGAAUAUGUUAUACUUUGCCUCCUUUAGUAUUCCAAGCUUACCAAUUGGCAUUGAUUUAUAGUGGAAAAAGAAAUCAAGUAUGUUAGAAAAAAAAAAACAAUUUUUAUUUUCUAAGGUUGUGUAAUUUUUAAUUUAAAGGAUGAACUAUGGGAGAAAAAAUGCAGAAAAAUAUUCCAAUUUUGCCAUCAGACAAUUCUAGAACUAACUAAAGCUGAGCUUGCAGAAUUACCACUUAGGUUAUUUUUACAAGGAGCCUUAACUAUUUCCCAAAUUAAUUUCAAAAACUAUGAAACUGUGGCUUAUGAAUUUUACUCACAGGUACAUAUAGUACUAACAUAAUAAUAUAAUAACUAGUUUUUUUUUCGGAUUUAUCCAAAUAGCAUAAUAUUAUUGUUUAUAUUGAUAAAUUUGUAGGCAUUUACAUUAUACGAAGAAGAAAUUUCUGAAAGUAAAUGUCAACUAGCUGCUAUUGUUCUACUAAUCGGUACGUUUGAAAAGAUUAAUUGCUUUGAUGAAGAAAAUGCUGAACCUGUUCGUACUCAAUGUGCCUUGGCUGCAUCUAAAUUACUUAAAAAACCAGAUCAAUGUAGAGCAGUAGCCAUCAGCUCACAUUUAUUUUGGUCAGCACAAAAUAAUCUUGGACAACCAGUAAGGAAAUUAAAAAAAUCUUGUAUAUGCAUUGUACACUUUUGUUUAAAAUGUUGAUCUUUAAUUAUUUUGAUCAAACAUUUUUAUAUUUUAUUUUUUUGUACUCCUUAAUAAUUUAAUAUUUUUGAUAACAGAUUCAAGAUGGUAAACGAGUAAUGGAUUGCUUGAAAAAAUGUGUCCGUAUUACCAAACAGUGUAUGGAGAUCUCGGUUCAAGUUCAGUUGUUUGUGGAAUUAUUGAACUAUUAUGUUUAUUUUUAUGAAAGAGGCAAUAAUAAUGUAAGUACAAUUGAAUAGACAUUUUAUUGUGCACAUUAAACAAAAGUACAAAUUUUUGAUUUUUAAAUAUUCAGGUGUCCAUAGACAUAUUGAAUCAGUUAAUAGGUCAGAUUAAAAAAGAAAUAACAGGUUUGGCUCCGAAUGAAGAAACCGAACAGAUAACAAAGCAUUUUGAAAACACAAUCGCACAUUUACAAAAUAGAAUCGAAUCUGUUGAUAAUGAAGAUUCAAUUUAUAAAGCUUUAGAAGGCUUAACGUUAUAAUAUUAUUAAACAAUUUAGUUAAUAAUUAGGUCCAAUUUAUUGAUACUUGAUAAUAUUAUUGAUAUUUUUAAUUUUUAUUUCAUUUAUAAUAUUAAUUAUUAUUGUUUAUACUUUAAUUAUACUCAUAUUACCCAUACAAUUUAAAUAAACUUUUUAAACAAGGCUCCACAAUUUUUAUCAUUAUAUUUUACAUAAAAUAUAUGUAUUUAUAUGAUGCAAGUAAUUAAUUUUAAGAUAAAUUUAUAUUGUACUAUUGGUCUUGAUAAAUAGUUAAUAAUAUAUAUUAUGUUUAUGAUUUUUAUUAUCAGCUUAUUUUAAAUAUUAUUAAACAAUGUGCUAAUGCACUUUAUAUAAUAUUAUGUACAAAACAUUAUUUUCAUAUUAUUAGAGAUGUGUUGAACUGUUAGAUCUUCGACCUGAAAAUUGAAAAUAAUCGAAUCAAACCAAAUACCCAAUAGUUCAGUUCAAAAAUCAUUAUAUGCCGAUUUUACACCAAUACGAUUUUCUGUGGUGGGACAUAAAGGCCUUGUUAAAAAAUGAAAAAUUCAAUUUUUUUUAAAUUAGUGAGUCUUGUAAAUCACAAAGCCAAGCAGUUUGAGAACCUAGGUUUUUGAACUAAUCUAAUUUAACUUUUUUACUUUUCCAAUGUUCGAGUUCGAUAAAAUAUUUUAAAAGUUUGAUUUGGUUCGGGCUCAAAUAAAAAUGUGUAGGUUCGGUUUGCUUCAAUCUUAAAAAUUUGUAACAUUUAUAUAUUAUAUUAUGUGGAUAAAAAAGUAAAUAAAGGGUUCCUUAUAGAAAGGAAAUAACUACAAUUUUCAAAACAUAUUUCGGGAAAGUAAAUUAGUAUUUUUAUUGAUUUAUAGGUUACCUUGGUUAAUGUAAUACAGGUAACAUGGGUAACAUUGUAACAUAAGUAUAUUAUUUUUGAUUGCCGCUUUAAUUGUUUUUCCCGUGAAAACAUAUUUGUUUUUAUCAUAAAUAAAGAAAUAUUAGUUUGUAAUUUUUAUCAUAAUAUAUACAUGGAUUAAUAUAAUGCUAGUAAAUUAUAAUUUACAUUAAAUACCUUUGUCACUUGCAAAUUUAACAUACCUUCAUUGUUUAUGUUCCCUUUUGUAGUAAGUUAUAGUUUAAGAAUUAAUAUAUUAAGUACAAAUAUGCAUUAUUUGAAAAAUUUAAUCACUUGAAGUACAAUUUGUUUUUAUAUGACC